ACUGAUAUAAAUUUAUCUCUUAUACUACUUUUCUCCUUAUAUUCUUCGUACCUUUUAACAAUGUCGUGACAUUAGAAAGACGGAAAAAAUAGGGGGAAACCGGACAAUGCAGAAACUAGGCAGUAUGAAUUUUGAUAAAGAAAACCCUCUGCCUUACUAUCAUCUCCUUUUGAGUCUCCUUCCUUCCUAACCGCCGUCACGCAGCCAUCGUCGCCGACUCUCUGUCUCUCCUCCGGCUGUCUUCCUUCAUCUUUCUUCCUCACCGCAGAAUUUUUUUUUUGUAAUUUUCUUCACUGUCUAAUCUUCAUAAAAACCAAAGAAAUCUUCUGCCAUUGUUGUACAGGCAAUACAAGUAUAACUGUGAAGAAACGCCCGAAGAUUAAUCAUUAAUCAUUUAAUUUUGCAGACGCCUUCUGCUGUCGUCUCUGCGUUUCUCAGUCUUUUAAGAGAUGAUGGGAGCUCAAAAUUUACAAUUGCAACCUUCCACAAACGCAUUGGCACCAUCUACAAAGAAUUUUGAAGGCUUGAUCACCCCUUUUCUUCAGCCCACCAAAUUCAAUCGUUUGCGGCUCACUUCAGCAAUUUCUAGAAUUAGAAGCACUAGAAGACAAUCCUUGUGUGCAGUCAUCUCCCAAAAAGUUGACGACGUUCGUGUCAGUUUGAGACGUCAUGACGAGAAACUUAAUGGGAAAAGAUUGGCUGUUUUCGUGUCUGGUGGAGGUUCCAAUUUCAAGGCACUUCACGCAGCGACACUUAAUGGAUUGAUACUAGGAGAUGUUGUUGUGUUGGUAACCAACAAAGAAGAUUGUGGAGGAGCAACUUAUGCAAAAGAAAAUGAUAUUCCAGUUGUUUUGUUUCCAAGGACAAAAGAAUCAUCUCCUAGUGAACUUGUAACUACUCUCAGGAAAUUCAAUGUGGACUUUAUACUUCUUGCUGGUUUUCUAAAGCUUAUACCAGUUGAAUUGGUUCAGCAAUUUCCUAAGAGAAUUCUAAAUAUACAUCCUUCACUUCUACCAGCUUUCGGUGGCAAAGGCUACUUUGGGAUGAAGGUUCACAAGGCAGUUAUUGCUUCUGGGGCUAGAUACUCUGGCCCUACAAUCCAUUUUGUUGAUGAGGAGUAUGACACUGGGCGGAUCCUUGCUCAGCGAGUUGUGCCUGUGUGUGCUUUUGACACUCCAGAAAACCUAGCAGCCAGAGUAUUGCAGGAGGAGCAUCAGUUAUAUGUGGAGGUAGUGGCAGCAUUAUGUGAAGACAGGAUAAUUUGGCGAGAUGAUGGUGUCCCCCUCAUCCAAAGUAAAGAAGACCCACAACAUUACAGCUAACUUAAUUUUGGCGUUUAGGUGAUUAACCUCGGCCCCCAUAAUUUGUUCUAUAAAAAUAAACUGCGAUUCUCAUUGAUCGGGGAAUAGCUCAAAGGUGAUAAAUCCCUCUUCUGAAGGUGAACUUUGAUUGACAUAAGAUUAUGAUGCCCUCUAUUUGCAAGGAAUAGGGCUUGUAGAAUUCUAUCAACAGAUAACGAACGACUACUACUGAGUCAUACCGAUCAUUUGGAGAAUCGGGAAUGACCAGAAUUGAUUUCAGUAUUAUUUCAUCGAACAAUCUCUCUCAAUUGGGUUAGCAUAUAUCAAAACGGGUUUGUGGGAAUAGUUUUUCGGAAUGACUAUUUUGUUGUUCGGUAGAGCCUUGUAUGAAGAUGUUGAAUAUCGCUUUUGUUUUUGCUGUGUUCGGACGAAUUUUAAGGGUGUACUAGAACAUCCUCAUUGAUUGGAAAA